UCCGCCGCGCGUGCAGCCCGGCCCCCGGCGCGCUCCAGGCCGCCUUGAUGAGCCCGCCGUCCGCCGCCGCAGCCCUGGAGACCACCUCGUCGUCGUCGUCGUCGUCGUCGUCGUCCUCCGCCUCCUGCGCCUCCUCCUCCUCUUCCUCCUCCAACUCGGCCAGCGCCUCCUCGGCUGCCUGCAGGAGUGCGGGCGGCGGCGGCGCGGGCGCCGGGAGCGGGGGCGCCAAGAAGGCGAGCUCGGGGCUGCGGCGGCCCGAGAAGCCGCCCUACUCGUACAUCGCGCUCAUCGUCAUGGCCAUCCAGAGCUCGCCCAGCAAGCGCCUGACGCUCAGCGAGAUCUACCAGUUCCUGCAGGCGCGCUUCCCCUUCUUCCGCGGCGCCUACCAGGGCUGGAAGAACUCCGUGCGCCACAACCUCUCGCUCAACGAGUGCUUCAUCAAGCUGCCCAAGGGCCUCGGGCGGCCGGGCAAGGGCCACUACUGGACCAUCGACCCGGCCAGCGAGUUCAUGUUCGAGGAGGGCUCGUUCCGCCGCCGGCCGCGGGGCUUCAGGCGGAAGUGCCAAGCGCUCAAGCCCAUGUACCACCGCGUGGUGAGCGGCUUGGGCUUCGGGGCCUCGCUGCUGCCCCAGGGCUUCGACUUCCAGGCGCCCCCGUCGGCGCCGCUCGGCUGCCACGGGCAGGGCGGCUACGGCGGCCUCGACAUGAUGCCCACGGGCUACGACGCCGGCGCAGGCGCCCCGGGCCACGCGCACCCGCACCACCACCACCACCACCACCACGUCCCGCACAUGUCGCCCAACCCGGGCUCCACCUACAUGGCCAGCUGCCCCGUGCCCGCCGGGCCGGGGGGCGUCGGUGCGGCCGGGGGCGGCGGUGGUGGCGGGGACUACGGCCCGGACAGCAGCAGCAGCCCCGUGCCCUCGUCCCCGGCCAUGGCGAGCGCCAUCGAGUGCCACUCGCCCUACACGAGCCCCGCGGCUCACUGGAGCUCGCCCGGCGCCUCGCCUUACCUCAAGCAGCCGCCCGCCCUAACGCCAAGCAGCAACCCCGCGGCCUCGGCCGGCCUGCACUCUGGCAUGUCCUCCUACUCGCUGGAGCAGACCUACCUGCACCAGAACACCCGCGAGGACCUCCCAGUGGGACUGCCUCGAUACCAGCAUCACUCUGCCCCAGUGUGUGACAGAAAAGACUUCGUCCUCAACUUGAACGGCAUUUCUUCCUUCCACCCCUCUGCCAGCGGGCCGUAUUAUCACCACCACCACCACCAGAGCGUCUGUCAGGAUAUUAAGCCCUGCGUCAUGUGAACAGAGGGAGGAGGCCUGGCCCAGGCCGCCUCUCCUCCGGCGGGAUGAACUGAGGUGGACUCAGAAUGUGCACCCACAGCAGUAAGUAGCACCCCAGUCACUUAGCUAGAAUCCCCAGGCCAGCAUUGUUCACUGAUACUUGUCUACCACUGGUGGAUGGACCAUCCCUGCAAGGUAAUGCCCCAGAUGUGCGCAGGCUCCCUUGAGAGGCAGAGGGAACUGCUAACUCCUUUUCUUGGCGAGAUGGUGAAAAGUUACCACAUGAAAAAGGUAAAUUUGUAACUCUGGGAUCUUCAUUGCCUUCAGUAAUCAGGGUUGGAAAAAUGCAGACAAGUUGUGUGUGUGUAUCUACGAAAAUUUGUGUACUUUUCAAACAGGCAGUGUUAAACACAAGACUUCGAGAAAGCCUUGUCUUGUUGCUUAGCUAAGUAAGAGAGUUCUGUUUCGCCAAACACCGCAUUUGGAUAGAGGUGCCAAAGAACGUUAUUAAGAAAGUAUUUAGAAACAAUGCGUCUAGUUUAAGAAAGUGGUUUUCAGUAUUGUGACAAUACAACGUUUUUUACAAGGUUGUUUUCUACCACCAUAUUUUAAAGAUAUUUUUAUGAUCUUCGUGUAUGCUCACACUUUGCUUGUAUUUUAAAAGGAGGAUAUAUUUGCACUUAUGUAUACUUUUACAGUUUGCCAAACUAUUUUGAUGUAAAAUUUUUUCAAUAAAAUGUAUA